CUCUCUCCGGAGUUUUCCCCUGACUGGGAGACCAAGAGGGGUCCUGCGCGUGCGUGUUGUGAGAGGUCUGUGUGUGUUCUGCUGCCUGGCCAGGGAGUCUAGGCUGUGCUCGGGUCGCGAUGGCCAGGGACCUGAUCGGCCCCGCGCUGCCCCCGGGCUUCAACGCCCGAGGGACUGCGGAGGAAGAGCCGGACCUGAGUCCUGUUGCAGGACCAGCACUGCCUCCCAACUAUAAGAGCAGUAGUUCAGACUCAUCAUCCAGUGAUGAAGACAGUGAUUCUCCUUUGCCACACCAAGGAGGAAAGGAAGAUUCUGAAGAGGAAUGUGACGCUGGUCCAACCCCAAGAAAACAGAGAAGAAAUCAAAAUGAAGAAGAUGAUGAUGACGAUGAUGAUGGCUUUUUUGGGCCAGCUCUUCCUCCUGGAUUUAAAAAACAGGAUGAUUCUCCACAGAGGCCAAUUAUUGGUCCUGCAUUGCCACCUGGUUUUAAUAACCGAGCACAAAAGGCUGGGGAAAACAGAGAUGACCUAGGAGAACCAGCGUCAUCAUCUUUCAACUCUGAGGGAACUGAGAGUAGUGAAGAUGAAGAGGCCAUCAUUGGACCAAUGCCUACAAAAGGACCAGUUGAUUAUAGUGUAACUAAAGAAUUUGAAUGGAGAGCUCAAAGAAUGAAAGAAAAACUCACCAAAGGAGAUGAUGAUGGGUCCAGACCAGUUACAAGGGAAUCAUGGAUGACCGAGCUCCCUCCAGAACUGAAAGGUUUUGGUCUUGGCCCAAGAACUUUCAAGAGAAGAGCUGAUGACAAAUCUGGCGAUCGAUCGGUUUGGACGGAUACUCCGGCCGACAAAGAAAGAAAAGCUAAGGAGGCACAGGAAGCAAAGAAGCAAACGGGUAAGAGUGAGGAGGACCGUGUAUUAUCAGGAAGGGAUAAGAGAUUGGCUGAGCAGGUGUCUUCAUACAAUGAUUCAAAAAGAUCAGAAUCUCUUAUGGACAUACAUCACAAAAAAUUAAAGAACAAGACAACUGAAGAAAAAAAUAAGCCCCAAGAGAGAAGGCCAUUUGACCGCGAUCAGGAUCUCAAAGUCAACCGUUUUGAUGAAGCCCAGAAGAAAGCUCUGAUUAAGAAAUCUAGAGAACUAAACAGCCGCUUUUCACAUGGCAAAGGCAACAUGUUUUUAUGAUAUGGCUAAAUCCCCUGAAUAAGAGAAACGUAAAUGGGAAAUUCAUGCAACCUUUAAUUUCAGCUGCCCAAAUGAAGGUAUUAAGAUAACUUACCAAUGCUUUAAACAUUUCUCCUUACUAUGUUAGACAUAAAACUCUAAUUUCAGAUGCAAAUUCCAUUACCCAUAUUCUUAAACAAAUUAAUCAUGUUUGUUCCACUGCUUCUUUGUUCUGGUUUGGAAAAGGCAUAUGGGGCUAACAUCAGUAAUGGGAAAAUUAAUUUUUAUUGAAAACUCCAUUUCAGCUUUUCACUACCUUAUAUAAAUGGAAUGAACUGUUAGGUCACAUCAUCACACAAAUGGCUCGCGCUCUCUCUCUCUCUGUCUCUGUCUCUCUCUCUCUCUCUCUCUCUCUCUCUAGUGUUGUCUUUCUUAAUACUGACAAAUGUAAAUAGUAGCUCACUAAAGACGAAUUACCACUUUCUAAAACAGAGUGAACAAGCAGUUUCACUGAAAUGUCACUAAUCAAAGAUUAACUUCACUUUGGGGGAAAAAAAAGUCAACUGGACAAAGAUGCAGAGUACAACAUUUUCUUCUCUCCGUCUUCUAGAACACAGAGGCUUCCUUGGUCUCCUUUUACUUUUGUCUUUAAAAAUAUUUCACCAAGAUAAGCCACAAAUAUUUUUGAUAGAGUCUUUAUGUACAGCUGCCUUUUUUCAGGAAUUCUGAAGAAGAUCUUCAUGAAAUUUUAAAGCUUUAUUAUUGUUUGAAACGAAAAUUUUAUCUUUGGCUUUUUUGUUACUUCUUUUAUGGGCAUAUUCUUUACUGGCAGGAAAACUGAGUUCUAAGUUAAGAAUCAAAGAUUCUCCGCCCUGCUGUUAGCCCACUGAGUCAUUCAACUUUUCUUUUGUGAAACUUUGCUUAUUAAACAUAGAUUUACUAUGAUUAGUAAAAUAUUUUAGAUUUUAAGGGAUAUUUCUGCACAAAGCUCUUUCUUACAGUUACCAUUCUUCUCUUCGUGCUGGGGAGCACUUGUCACCUGCCCCAGGUCCAAAGGGAGGCUGUGCUUCCUACAUUUAUGUGUUUUGAAGUGCUCACUUACCUUGACACGCUAGAUCCAGCAAGUUGUUCUGUACCACCUUUAAUGACAGUGUAAGAAGCAUAGCAGCAACUGCCAGACUUGAGCUUUCAGAGGUCUGUGGUUUCCUCAGGGUUAGUACUCCUGCCACUAAGGCUGAUGGCUGUUCUUCUGGUCUUUGAGACUGGUCUUCUGUUUUAGAAAGUGGUAAUUCGUCUUUAGUGAGCUACUAUUUACAUUUGUCAGUAUUAAGAAAGACAACACUAGAGAGAGAGACAGAGAGAGAGAGAGAAAGCGCGAGCCAUUUGUGUGAUGAUGUGGUCAGCCAGGUGUGUAGCCAGCAUCCCUAAACUUAGCCAAACUGGUCCUGCUAUAGAAGCUGCACUGACUGUUGCCAGAAGCCCAGAAAAUGAAUGGAUAGAUGCAGAGAAGGACAGCGUUCUUCCUGUUGUUCAGUCCUGCAGAAGGCUUAUUGAAAUCCAGUCUCUGAUCAGAGAUUUGGGCUUACCUGCACACUAAAAGUUAAGUUUAGGGGACUUUCAACCGAAAAAGAGCCUUGAUUAAUGAAAUGUAUAGGAAGUAUUUUAAUAUUCUUUCCUGUCGAGCUUAGCAUUUCACAUUGUCCCAGGGAACAUUUAACAUUGUCCAUAAAGCCAUCCCUUUAAAUUGUGGGAAAAGCUGAUAAGUCAUAUCGAUUCAGAUAUUCAUCAUGGUAUCUAGGAUAUAGGUAAGUAAAGGGUUGUAUGUGUACAAAAUUUUUCUGGACUAAAAAGUAUAUGAUGUAGAUAUAGAUAAUAAUGCCGUUUUUGCUAGACAAACCAAACCCUUGUGAGUUUUAUGCUUGUACAUCUGGACUAGUCAUUGUCCUCCAGAUACCCUUCUCACUAAUAUUUUUGAUCAUUGUCUGGCUUUGACAAUUGUCAAAUAGUAGUGUUUUAGGUAUUGCUGUGUGGAUUUUGUGGAGAUUGUUGAUAGAAGUUCAUCUGUUAUUAAUACCAUAGGGCCUCAAAAUUCAUUAGACUUUCUGUAUGAGCCAUUUGACUGUAAAAAUGUUGCAGCAUUAAUAUACAAUCUAUCUUUUUUUUUGAACAAAGCUGCUAGUUGUCACGAAUAACACUUAUUUAAGAGUAUUAACACUUAUUUAACAGUAUUUAAGAAUCUAGGGCCUUGGAAGAUGGACUGUACAGAAACCAAAGACUGAUUUUCAAGAUACUGUUAUCUCUUCUCCUUUUGUGUGUUUGGGGCAUUCCUACAUUUUGCUAGAAGAAAUACUCUCCUUUGAGGCAUUCCUAAUAAGAGUCAUCAUGGAGGAAAAGGACAUCUUGCCCACUGAACAGAAACAAAUUUGUGGAGUUUCUACUCCAGUUCAUCAGUUUAUUUGAACUUGCAUUUGAUGCCGUCAAGGGAUUUAAACUCAAGUCACAAGAGAUUGUUUCCUUCUGCGGGAAAGGUGGCUUGUUUUUUUUGUUUUGGUUUGGUUUUUUUGGUGAGGCAGUUGGGGUUAAGUGACUUGCCCAGAGUCACACA